AGGGCUGUGAAGGCGGCAAUCUUGAUGAGCUGCAUGAUGACUUGUGGUAUUAGCAAUAGUAAAACAACUGUGAUGAUGUGGAUUAGAGGCUUGUGUGGUCUCUGAUGAAGAAGAGCUCUUACGUCUGGGCACUCACGGUCCUUUCAUGUUUCUUAUAUGCCAUUCACCUUGGCCGUCAUGAGCUAAAGCUCCCCCAGGCCGGUUGCAAGACCGCGCCACGCGCGGGGUCGUUGAUAUCACACCUCGCUUGCUUGCCGUUGGAAGUGAGUCUGUUGCUCAUCAUUCCAUCAAACGCUCAUCGACUACCGAGGAAGACCCUGCAUGCAUGCAUGAGCGAGCUGACUGACGAUGGUGUUGUCGAUCACGGGCGGGGCGACCCCGGUGGCACCCGCAGGAGGGUGGUAUGAUGUUAUGCCCUUAUCUUUCCCGUAGACUAUACUCUGAUGUUGAGUUGCGUCGUUUCUUGGUUCGGUAGACACUGUGCUGUA